UAGGAGUCGAGUUAGGGGAAGAAAGCGCGUGAGAGAGAGAGAGGCGAUCGCCAUGGCUCCGGAACCUGAGGACGGGAUGAACGAGAAGAACCCUCGCCCUCUCGACGAGGACGACAUCGCCCUCCUCAAGACAUACGGUUUGGGACCUUACUCAACAAGCAUUAAGAAGGCUGAGAAGGAAAUCAAGGAAUUAGCCAAGAAGGUCAAUGAUCUAUGUGGAAUCAAGGAGUCUGAUACUGGUUUGGCUGCACCAAGCCAGUGGGAUUUAGUCUCUGACAAGCAAAUGAUGCAAGAGGAGCAACCUCUUCAGGUUGCAAGGUGUACCAAGAUUAUUAGCCCAAACACAGAGGACACUAAAUAUGUGAUAAAUGUUAAGCAGAUAGCCAAGUUUGUGGUGGGAUUGGGUGACAAGGUCUCGCCAACUGACAUUGAAGAAGGGAUGCGUGUUGGAGUUGAUAGGAACAAGUAUCAAAUCCAGAUACCGUUACCACCAAAGAUUGAUCCAAGUGUUACAAUGAUGACAGUGGAAGAGAAGCCUGAUGUCACAUACAAUGAUGUUGGUGGAUGCAAAGAGCAGAUUGAGAAGAUGCGCGAAGUCGUGGAACUUCCUAUGCUUCAUCCAGAGAAAUUUGUUAAACUAGGUAUUGAUCCUCCAAAAGGGGUUCUCUGUUAUGGUCCUCCAGGAACUGGUAAAACACUACUAGCUAGAGCAGUAGCAAAUAGAACAGAUGCAUGCUUUAUUCGUGUCAUUGGAAGUGAGCUUGUUCAAAAAUAUGUUGGAGAGGGAGCUAGGAUGGUUCGCGAACUAUUUCAGAUGGCUCGCUCAAAGAAGGCCUGUAUAGUGUUCUUUGAUGAAGUAGAUGCAAUUGGUGGAGCUCGGUUUGAUGAUGGUGUUGGUGGUGACAACGAAGUUCAGCGUACCAUGCUUGAAAUUGUUAAUCAGCUUGAUGGCUUCGAUGCAAGAGGAAACAUUAAAGUUCUAAUGGCCACAAAUAGACCUGAUACUUUGGACCCAGCUCUACUGCGACCUGGACGGUUGGACCGCAAAGUUGAGUUUGGUCUGCCUGAUUUGGAGGGUCGAACCCAGAUAUUUAAGAUCCACACCAGGACAAUGAAUUGUGAGAGGGAUAUUCGCUUUGAGCUCCUUGCUCGUCUGUGCCCCAACUCCACUGGGGCUGAUAUAAGAAGCGUUUGCACCGAAGCUGGGAUGUUUGCUAUCCGAGCACGAAGGAAGACGGUCACAGAGAAGGACUUUCUUGAUGCUGUGAACAAGGUCAUCAAAGGCUACCAAAAGUUUAGUGCAACUCCAAAAUACAUGGUCUACAACUAAGGCAUUUUCAUGUGAUCUUUCAUGAAAACACAAGGUGGAGAUACACGCCAUAAAAUUUUAUUCACGCACGUCUCUCCCAUCACUAAGAUUUCAUGAUAAUUCAGUUUGCAAUUCCAUCACUAAGCAUGAGCUGCAUGCAUCACCCUCUAUUUGUCGAGCUUACUCUUUCAUGCAUCUCUUGACUC